ACCAUCUCUGAGAGCAAGAGGUGGAAGAAGAAGACAGCAAGCAGAGGACGAGGCAUAAUAUUUUCCCCGGCUGGUUUGUCUAUUAAAAAAUCACUUAACAUGGCCUACGACCUCAAAAAGGAGUCCGAGGUGAAGGAGUAUAUCGAAAAGCUGGGCGUGGAAUACCGGUUCGGCUGUUAUUCGGAGAAAAAGCCGGAAGCCUGCCACCUGCUGGGCGACUAUCUGGAGGGUAUCAAGAAGGACUUUGAGAAGGCAUCGAAGGUAUACAAGUCGACGUGCGAUGACUACGGUUACGCAAAAUCAUGCUACAAGUUCGGCAACUACAGUUUCCUUGGCAAGGGAAAAAGUGGCAGCAAGGGUGAUCCCAAGGUGGCGUAUCAGUACUACGAGAAGGGUUGCAAACUAAACGAUUCGGAUGCCUGCCUCCACUCGGGCCUGUUGCUCGUUUCCCGAUCCAUGCCCAAGGAGAUCGACAGAGAUGUUGCCAAGGGCCUGGAAUUUCUUACCAAGAGCUGUGACAUGAACAACGCCACCGCCUGUUUCUAUCUAUCCGGCAUGCACAUUUCGGGAGUACAAAAGAAACCGGAAAGUACCUCGUCAGCUGGUGCGGCCACAAGUGAUGUCCCCGGCAGCAGUGGAUUGCCGGUCGGUGGCAAAAGCCAACUCAAUGACUCCGAUUAUAUUGUGCUUAAGGACAUGAAGAAGGCGUUCCAGUUUUCGCGAAAGGCCUGCGAACUACGCAACAUGUAUGCCUGCGCCAAUCUUAGCCAGAUGUAUGCCCGAGGCGAUGGCAUCGAGAAGAACGAAAAGGAGGCGGAGAAGUACAAGAAACUGGCCCUCGAGAUGCAGGACGAGGUUAAGAAGCAACAGGAGACGCUCGGUUUCCAGCAGGGCGUGGGCAUGCCAAACUGAUCGAGUGACGACGAUGUCACUGAAUUUCUAAUCCAAUCUUUGCUUAGUCCAAUCUUUAAUUUUAAUUCGUCUCCAAGUUUAUUUUUAUGUUGGCCAACACACGCCAUACACACACACACACAAUUUAUACACCAUUCUACAAUCCAAUGUGUUUAUUUUAUUAUUCUAUUUUUGUGUACAUAGAUGGCAUUUGCUUGAGAAAGAUGAUGGCGGAGACGAUGAUGAGAAAUUCCUAGUUUUAAUUGUUAAAGUUAUCAUGUGACGAAUGAAAUGAAAAAAUCCUUAAUUCUGUUGAAAAAAAAAUAUACAAAUCAUGUCCCAUUAAGGACCUA